ACACAUGAACGACAUGCGUUUUGUCUCUUGUUUUUUAGGAUGUACAAACUACAAAUACUCUCCCUCGCACGUGACGUUCCCAAUUAGAGCCGUUAGAAUUGCCGAAACAAUAGCUCAAUUCAAAAAAAUUCGACCGUUAAAGAUCGGUAUCCUCUCUCAUUCAGCCCCUAAAAAUUUAAUACCCUUCAAACCUGGAGCACUGUUCUUUCUCUCCUCUUCUUUCGUCGAGAACAAUCCCAAAUAUGGGGAGCGAAGCCAGAUUAGUGAGUCCAAGAAACCCUAAGAACGCAUUGGGCGAAUCCACCACCACCAUCACUACCACUACUACCACAAAUGCCGUCUUCAGUCCCAGAUUCAAAUCAGUGGCAGCCAUGGCUGGUUGGGACGAAGAAACACUUUUGAGUGCCAGCCUCAUCGUUGACGACACGCCUGAUCGCAUCUUCAAGCACAAGAAACGCUCUGAUCUUCAAUCCAAGACCUCACCGGCGAGUACUUCAAGAAGAAAACGAAGGGUUCCAAGUAGUCCUGUUUCGAUUCCUAUGGUUACUCUUAAUCUUGAUGAUGAAGAAAUAAAAAAAGAUGAGACUAAGAAAGAUCAUUCAGAACAGAAAGCUUCUGUGGCUGAAGGGAAAGGAAAAACAGGAGAAGCGAUUUCGGUUGAACAGAACUCUGGUGUUGUUGGUGCCUCGAGUUCGGGACUUCCUUGUAUGGAUAAGCUCAGGGAAGAGCUUUCUUGCGCAAUUUGUUUGGACAUUUGCUUUGAACCUACUACAACUCCUUGUGGACACAGUUUCUGUCUUAAAUGUUUGCGAUCUUCUGCAAGCAAAUGUGGGAAGAAGUGUCCCAAAUGUAGACAGCUUAUAAGUAAUGGAAGGUCCUGUACAGUGAAUACUGUUCUUUGGAACACUAUACAACUUCUUUUUCCUCAAGAAGUUGCUGCAAGAAAGGAAGCUGGAGCCUUGAACAUUCGAGAAUCAGAGCGUCGAGUCACUGAAUCCACCUUUUACAACAGUUUGAGGAGUGAAAGUCCACAAGAUUCACCAUUAACAACGAGAGCUGAAACCGCAAGGGGAAGAAGAACGAGACAAGCCCAGAUUGAGAUCAGCGCUACACUGAGUUCAGGAGGAGACGGGGUCACUUCAAAUCGAGCUACUAGGGUGUCAACAAGAGAUAGAAGUACCAGAAGUAGCAGUAGAGGGAUACCAAGUCAAGAUGAGGAUGCUGCCUUAGCUCUGAGGUUACAAAGGGAAGAGUUUCUUGGAGUUGUUAGGGGUACUAUUAACCAUUCAAGUACUUUCAGUUCUAUUUCCUUAGCUAGACCAAAUCAACCCAGUACUAUUAGUAAUAGCUCUCUAGCUAGACCAAACCAAUCUAGUGUUACUAGUAGCUCACUUUCUUCUGCUAGAGAAAACCAAUCUAGUACUAAUUCCUUUUCCUUGGCUAGAGCCAACUUGAGGGCCAUGGCAUCUAGAGCCAUUACUCUUCGAGUUAGAGGCCGACAAAACAGUUAAUUUUAGUGUCUCAGGGGUGUUUCUUUAUUGCUCUUACUCAAUCAAUCCUAUUGAGUGAGUUCUUAUAACAAAUUCUCAAGUUAGUUCAGUUCACACUUCUUGUUGGUCUACUCAAUAUAACCUAUUGAGUGAGUUAUUGCACAAAAUCAGGGUUGUUCAUUCUUUAAAACUGUUAUUUUUUUUUUUACAAUUAUGUAUUAAGAAAUGUUCACAUCAUAGAUAUUGAUGUUUAUUUCUUUGGGCAA